AUGCCAGCAGAUAAUAUCAAACGCAAUAUAGACAAAGCUACGGGCAAUUUGGAAGGGGUCACUUACGAAGAAAUUCGCUACGAAGGUUACGGCGUAGGCGGCGCUGCGGUCAUGAUAGAUACCAUGACGGACAAUAAAGUGCGCACGGUUGCAGAAAUUCGCCACAUUUUGAGCAAAAAUGGUGGAAAUUUGGGCACCGAUGGCUCGGUGGCAUUUCAGUUUCAACAUUGUGGCCAGUUCUUUUUUGCCCCAGGGACUGAUGAAAAUAAGUUAAUGGAAGUGGCGCUGGAGGCGGGCGCGCAAGACGUCAUCGUGCACGAUGAUGGUUCCCAAGAAGUACUUUGCGCACCUAACGAUUUUGAGGCCAUCCAGACAGCUUUUGCCCAAGCAGGCCUAAAGGCCGAGCUCGCACAAAUUACCAUGCGCGCUGAAAAUACCAUUGAAUUAUCAGAAGAAGAAGCCCAAAAAAUGCAAAAAUUACUCGAUGCACUAGAAGAACAAGACGAUGUGCAAGACGUGUACCACAAUGCGGAGUUGGACGUAUGA